AUGGACGGCAAGGCGCCCGGCAACAUUGACUACGCGGCCAACCCUGAGCUGCGGGGCCUGACAACAGGACAGGUCAUGGACGCUGACAGGGCCGAGCUUCAGUGGGAGCUGCAGCCCGGGUCGCGGCGGCGGCUGAACGGCGCAGCCAUGGGCAUGUGUGCCGAGGACCUCUUUGUCAAUGAGUGCGCCAAGAGGGGCCUGCUGGUGUUGCUGGACCUCCACCGCCUGGCGGGCGCCAAGGACAUCCCAGAGCUCUGGUAUGACGCCGACUACCCCGAGGCGUCAGUGCUGCGCGCGUGGCGCACCAUCGUGCUGCGCUACAGGGGCUGCUGGAACGUCUUCGCAGCGGACCUAAACAACGAGCCGCACGGCCGCGCGUCCUGGGGGGACGGCAGCAUCGCCACCGACUGGCAGCUUGCGGCGGAGCGCAUCGGCAAGGUGGUCCUGGAGGCCAACCCAAAGCUGCUCAUUUUUGUCGAGGGCGUGGAGACGAACGCGGUGGUGCAGCCGGGGGAGAACUGCUGGUGGGGCGGGCACAUUGCGGCUGCCAAGAAGGCUCCGGUGGUGCUCCCGGUGGCAGACAAGCUGGUGUAUUCGCCGCACGUUUACGGCCCUGAUGUUCACAAGCAGCCCUACUUUGCAGACCCCCAGUUCCCCGCGAAUAUGCCGGACAUCUGGAUGCGCCAUUUCGGCUUCUGCAAGGCAGAGGGGCUGGGCCCCGCGAUCUGCUUCGGCGAGUGGGGCGGCUGGGGCGGCGAGGGUCCAGACCGCGUGUGGCAGGACGCCCUCGCCAGCUGGAUGACGGAGAAUGACGUCACCGACUCGUUCUACUGGUGCCUCAACCCAAACAGCGGCGACACGGGCGGCGUCCUGCAGGACGACUGGCGGACGCCCCAUAAGCACAAGCUGGAGAUCAUAGCCAGGGCCCACCCCAACCCCACAAAGUGGGAGCCCUCGGGGACAGAGGUCCUGGCCGCCGCGCCGGCCCCGGAGGACACGGUGGUGGACGCCGGCGUCGACCCUGCGGCGGCCGCGCCAGCGCCGGCGGCGGCGGCCGCCCAGGCCGCCGCGGCACCUGCGGAGACGGCCGCGGCGCCAGCACCGCCCGCGGGCAGGCUGGUGUUUGAGUCUGACAUGCUGGCGGCCUACCUGGUCAACGACUGGCAGGAGGGGGGCACGGUGCCCUGCGCACAGUACGAGGUCAAGGUGACCAACACCACGGGGUCGCCCCUGGUGGGCCUGAGGGUGCUGCUGGAGGGCGUCACAGACAUUGUUAAGUCCUGGAACUGCAAAGACGAGGGCGCAGUGCCAGACGUGGAGGGGGGCCUUUGGGCUUUCGGGCUGCCCGAGUGGUGCGCGGCCACUGGCCUGCAGCCGGGUGCUGUCUACACAAUGGGGGCCAUAGUGAAGGGCCCGGCCCCCACCAGCUUCCAGGUGGAGCUCGUGGCCACUGCCGCCGGUGACGAGUGA